CGGUAGUUUCCGGAAUUCACCCAUAGUCUGGGCCGAGAGGAGAAGGCUCGUCCCCCUCCCGUUCCUAGUUGUUUCGGAUGUUUCCGGCUCCUGCCCUGUGAGAAGCCCCGCCCGGCCGGUCUCCAAGCCUUCCUUUUCCUCCCUUCCUCCAAGCUUCUCGGUUCCCUCCCCUGAGGUACCGGCGCCAUGUCCAGCGCUCGGACCCCCCUACCCACGCUGAACGAAAGGGACACGGAGCAGCCCACCUUGGGACACCUUGAUUCCAAGCCCAGCAGUAAGUCCAACAUGCUGCGGGGCCGCAACUCAGCCACCUCUGCUGACGAGCAGCCCCAUAUUGGCAACUACCGGCUCCUUAAGACCAUUGGCAAGGGUAACUUUGCCAAGGUGAAGUUGGCCCGGCACAUCCUGACGGGGAAAGAGGUAGCUGUGAAGAUCAUUGACAAGACUCAGCUGAACUCUUCCAGCCUUCAGAAACUAUUCCGAGAAGUAAGAAUAAUGAAGGUUUUGAGUCAUCCCAACAUAGUUAAGUUAUUUGAAGUGAUCGAGACUGAGAAGACGCUCUACCUUGUCAUGGAGUAUGCCAGUGGCGGAGAGGUAUUUGAUUACCUGGUGGCCCAUGGCAGGAUGAAAGAAAAAGAAGCUCGAGCCAAAUUCCGCCAGAUAGUGUCUGCUGUGCAGUACUGUCACCAGAAGUUUAUUGUUCAUAGAGACCUAAAGGCAGAAAACCUCCUCCUGGAUGCUGAUAUGAACAUCAAGAUUGCAGACUUUGGCUUUAGCAACGAAUUCACCUUUGGGAACAAGCUGGAUACUUUCUGUGGCAGCCCUCCUUAUGCUGCCCCAGAACUCUUCCAGGGCAAAAAAUACGAUGGUCCUGAGGUGGAUGUGUGGAGCCUGGGAGUCAUCCUCUAUACACUGGUCAGCGGAUCCCUGCCUUUUGAUGGACAGAACCUCAAGGAGCUACGGGAGCGGGUACUGAGGGGAAAAUACCGUAUUCCGUUCUACAUGUCCACGGACUGUGAAAACCUGCUUAAGAAAUUUCUCAUACUUAAUCCUAGUAAGAGAGGCACUUUAGAGCAAAUUAUGAAAGACCGGUGGAUGAAUGUGGGGCAUGAGGACGAUGAGCUAAAGCCUUAUGUGGAACCACUCCCUGACUACAAGGAUCCCCGGCGGACAGAGUUGAUGGUGUCAAUGGGUUACACACGAGAAGAGAUCCAGGACUCACUGGUGGGACAGAGGUACAACGAAGUGAUGGCCACCUAUCUGCUUCUAGGCUACAAGAGCUCUGAGCUGGAAGGUGACACCAUCACUUUGAAGCCCCGGCCUUCAGCUGAUCUGACCAACAGUAGUGCCCCAUCUCCAUCCCACAAGGUUCAGCGCAGUGUCUCUGCCAACCCUAAGCAGCGACGCUCCAGCGACCAGGCCGUCCCUGCCAUUCCCACCUCAAAUUCCUACUCUAAGAAGACCCAGAGUAACAAUGCAGAAAAUAAGCGGCCUGAGGAUGAGACGGGGCGGAAAGCCAGCAGCACCGCCAAAGUGCCUGCCAGCCCUCUGCCUGGCGUAGAGAGGAAGAAGACCACUCCUACCCCCUCCACAAACAGCGUCCUCUCCACCAGCACAAACCGAAGCAGGAACUCCCCACUUUUGGACAGGGCUAGCCUUGGCCAGUCCUCUAUCCAGAAUGGUAAAGACAGCCUAACCAUGCCAGGGUCCCGGGCCUCCACGGCUUCUGCUUCUGCCGCAGUCUCUGCGGCCCGGCCCCGCCAGCACCAGAAAUCCAUGUCUGCCUCCGUACACCCCAACAAGGCCUCUGGGUUGCCCCCCACGGAGAGUAACUGUGAGGUGCCUCGGCCCAGCACAGCCCCCCAGCGUGUCCCUGUCGCCUCCCCCUCCGCCCACAACAUCAGCAGCAGUGGUGGAGCCCCAGACCGAACUAAUUUCCCCCGGGGUGUGUCCAGUCGAAGCACCUUCCAUGCUGGGCAGCUCCGGCAGGUGCGGGACCAGCAGAACCUGCCCUACGGUGUGACCCCAGCCUCUCCCUCUGGCCACAGCCAGGGCAGGCGGGGGGCCUCUGGAAGCAUCUUCAGCAAGUUCACCUCCAAGUUUGUCCGCAGAAAUCUGUCUUUCAGGUUUGCCAGAAGAUGUCGCCUGAGCCUGCCAAAGAGCCAAGAGCUGGAUAUUCUCAGGCAGGGGUCAUUCUGCCGCCAGGCCCUGGUGGAACAGCAGGAGGUCCACACCCUGCUCCUGCAUCUCCCUUCCUGGGACAGAGCCUGGCUUGUUCAGCCUGGCCAUGUCCUCUGCAGGCCUAGGAACCUGAAUGAACCUGAAAGCAAAGACCGAGUGGAGACGCUCAGACCUCACGUGGUCGGCAGUGGAGGCAAUGACAAGGAAAAGGAAGAGUUUCGGGAGGCCAAGCCUCGUUCCCUGCGCUUCACCUGGAGCAUGAAGACCACGAGCUCUAUGGAGCCCAACGAGAUGAUGCGGGAGAUCCGCAAGGUGCUGGACGCCAACAGCUGCCAAAGCGAGCUGCACGAGCGAUACAUGCUGCUGUGCAUGCAUGGCACCCCAGGCCACGAGAACUUUGUGCAGUGGGAGAUGGAGGUGUGCAAACUGCCUCGGUUGUCUCUCAAUGGUGUUCGAUUUAAGCGGAUAUCGGGCACUUCCAUGGCCUUCAAAAACAUUGCCUCCAAAAUAGCCAACGAGCUGAAGCUUUAACAGGCUGUCAGGAGGGGGGCAGCAGAGACC